GGAGCGGCCGGGGAGGGGGGAGGCAGGGCCAGAGGCUGCGCGGGCUCUCCUGGCGGCCCAGCCGGGAGACGCUUCCGUCGGGGCGGGCGGCGGGGGAGCGCGGAGGCGCUGGUUUGGGUUGGCGUCUCCGCUCUGCCGCUUGCUGUGUGUCCUCGAGCCAGUCACUCAGCCCCUCUGGGCCCCCUAGCUGUACAACGGGGCUCACGCCGUUAGCGGCGCCGGCUGCGCUGCUGAGGAACAAUUCAUGGGAAAUACUGGGUCCUCUUUAAAGCGGUUUGGAAGUAUCCGUCACCAAGGUCUGGAAAGCGGGGGUGGAGAAGCCCGGCGCGGGGGGAGGGGACCCACAGCCUGGGACUGCGCCCCUCCCCAGCUGCGAGGGGGCGGGCGCCCGCAAGCCGAGGUCUGCGCAUGCGUCGUCCGUCCCCCCACCGCGCCGCCGCGGCUCCCGGAAGCGCGGGGACGCCAUGGAGAAGUACGAGCGGAUCCGGGUGGUGGGGAGAGGCGCCUUCGGUCCAGCUCUCGGAAGUCCCGCCCUCGCUUCCGGCCCUUGCUUCCCACCCGCAACCGGGCGGGCCAUGAAGUCCCGCCCCUGGGGCGUGUCCCGUUUUGGCCACGCCUUUCUCGGCUCCGCCACGCCCCCAGCCGGGCCCUGUGCGGCACCCCCCCACCCCCCCGCCUGCGACUGCGCAUGUCGGUGCUAAACAUCGGCACCGGCCUUGGGCAAGGCCACCAGGCGGUGAUCAUCAAGCAGAUCCCGGUGGAGCAGAUGACCAAGGACGAGCGGCUGGCCGCCCAGAACGAGUGCCAGGUGCUCAAGUUGCUGAACCACCCCAACGUCAUCGAGUACUACGAGAACUUCCUGGAGGACAAGGCCCUCAUGAUCGCCUGGGAGCCCAGGGGCACGCCCGAGUACAUCCAGAGCCGAACCGCGCUGGACGAGGAGACCAUCCUGCACUUCUUUGUCCAGAUCCUGCUGGCCCUGCACCACGGGCACCCAAUCUCCUGCACCCCAAAAAACCCAGCUUCCUACGGGGCCGGCUCGGGCUUCCUCCGCAGGGCCCCCGCUUCUCCCCGGCCAUUCCUGGCCAGAGGCACCUUUCAGACCCUCUGGUUCCGCCCCCACUUCACAGAACAGAACUGGGGCUCGGCCAGGCGGGGGCCCGGGCUGGAGCCCGGCCAAAUCCUCGCCCAUGCCCCGCCCUCUGCAGGACUGGGCUCCCUGUGCACCUGCAGGGUAGAGAAGCCCCUGGGACGUGUGCCCACGCUUCCCUGUGGCCGGGCAGGUGGCAGAGCCGGUGGCCCCCGCACCCGUGGGGGGCCCCAGGGGCUGCCCCGGCCAGCCAUCCCCCCGCCCCUGUCCUCCGUCUACACCUGGGGCGGCGGGCUCAGCACGCCUACGAGGCUGCCCAUGCUCAACACCGAGGUGGUGCAGGUCUCGGCCGGGCGCACCCAGAAGGCGGGUGUUACGCGCUCAGGGCGCCUCAUCAUGUGGGAGGCGCCUCCCAUGGGUGUAGGGGGGGGCGUCCUGCUGCCCGGAGCCUUGGAGCAACACCAGCCCCAGUUCGUGUCUCGCUUUCUGGAGGGCCAGUCGGGGGUGACCAUCAAGCAUGUGGCCUGUGGGGACCUCUUCACCGCCUGCCUCACUGACCGAGGCAUCAUCAUGACCUUUGGGAGUGGCAGUAACGGCUGCUUGGGGCACGGCAGCUUCACCGACCUCAGCCAGCCUACAAUUGUGGAGGCCCUGCUGGGCUAUGAGAUGGUGCAGGUGGCCUGUGGGGCAUCCCACGUCCUGGCCCUGUCCACAGAGCGAGAGCUGUUUGCCUGGGGCCGUGGGGACGGUGGCCGACUGGGGCUGGGGACCCGGGAGUCUCACAGCUCCCCGCAGCAGGUGCCUGUGCCCCCCGAACAGGAAGCGCAGUGGGUGGUGUGUGGUAUCGACUCCUCCAUGAUCCUCACAGUGCCUGGCCGAGCCCUGGCCUGUGGGAGUAACAGAUUUAACAAGCUGGGCUUAGACCGAGUGUCCCCUGGGGAGGAGCCUGCCCCCCACGACCAGGUAGAAGAAGCCCUGAGCUUCAUGCCCCUUGGCUCUGUACCCCUUGACUCAGAACCUCUAGUGAGUGUUGAUGUGGGCACUGCCCACUCGGCUGCUGUGACGGCUUCUGGUGAAUGCUACACAUUUGGCAGCAACCAGCACGGGCAGCUGGGCACCAGUGCCCGCCGGGGCAGCCGAGCCCCAUGCCUGGUGGCGGGGCUGGAGGGGACCAAGGUGGUGAUGGUGGCUUGUGGGGAUGCCUUUACCGUGGCCAUUGGUGCAGAAGGAGACGUGUACACGUGGGGCAAAGGGGCCCGUGGCCGCCUGGGGCGCAAGGAUGAGGAUGCCGGGCUCCCACGGCCCGUGCAGCUGGACGAAGCUCAGCCCUACACGGUGACUUCUGUGUCCUGCUGCCACGGGAACACCCUGCUGGCCAUCCGCCCCACCACAGAGGAAUCCAUACCGCCCUGAGGGUCUCCAGCUGGAUUUCUGUCCCAGAGAGAACAAAUAGGCCGGCCUCCUGCCCUGUGGGCCACCCCUACCUGGUACGGGUGGAUACCAGCUGCUUGGGCAUGGGCAGUGCCCCCUGGGCAGUCAGGACGUUGCCUCUAAGAAGCUGGCGUGGCUUACCACUGGUACCCGAAGGCCCCGCUGUCCCAGCCCCCCUGCAGUGCCUGGGCCCUGGCUGCCAAGCUCAUCAGGCAUUUGUGCUCACUUCCAGGCCAGGUAUGGCCCGCCCCUCCCCCAUGCCAGGCCUUCACCACACCCUGGGAGCCCUGGGCCUAACCCACCCGGGGACACUGAAGGCUGGGGCUGGUAAAGCUUUUGUAAACUUGGCAGGCGGGAGGGGCAGGUGCCCCCUCUCAGGCCUCGCCAUGCCAGGGCUCAGGGAGACGAGCUGGAGUGUGGGGGGCUCUAUGUGUUUCCCUAACCCCCCUUCCUGAAAUCCAAAAAAUGGAGGCUGCAGGCUGGGUCCAAGACAAUAUAAGCAAGUUUGGACUUGUCCCUGGGCUGGUGCUCCCCACCUGCGGUGGAAGGGCACUGCCACCCCCACCCUGGCAGCCCCAGUGCACGGCUGCGUAUCACAGUGGCUUGCCCAGUGUGAGUUUCUUGGGGGGAAGAGGGCAGGGGUUGGGGCACCGGGCAAGGGCAGAGCUGCAAGACCGAGAGGUCUGAGGGAGGAGCAAAACGAGGGGAGGGAGGAAGCACUUUAUUGAAUCUUAUUCAUCGGCCCCCUUUGUGGGCCUUAACAGAAGCCGCCUUGGACAGCCCUGCCAGGCUGGCGUGGCAAGGGCAGCGGGGGGUUUCCUCGUGCUGCCCCCAGAAAGCCUUCGGAUGCCAGAGCGGGUUCGGAGGGGGUGGGCAGGGGGCCGUGGGGAUGGGGGCUAAUAAACUGAAGCCAAAGACCAGCU